UAAAAGCAUACUGCCGUGGUGUGCCAAAAAUAUCUUUAUCUGUAAAGGUCAAAAGCGCGUGUCCUGUGCCCGAUAAAAAUGAAUACACAAUACUAAAGAAUACUAACGCGCGUGGCGGAACACACAUCGCCGCUUGUUUUUAUGCUUUGAUUCUCUUGCACCACUGUCUUAUUGUACCGUUAAAGAUUUGGCGUUCGCUACCGUCAGUGAUCUCGUUGAGCUACUGCCUCAUCAACAGAGGGUGUUUCAGCCAAGCGUCUGCAGGCUUUCGGAAAUUAUUGAAGCGAUCUCCGCACCGAUUUUUGGUUCGCCAACCAUUCUAUCUAAAAGCGCAGUUGUCCUACUGUCCACUUUAUUGGUUCUCGCCAAACCUAAACUGACCUGGAAGACACAGGAAUCUUAAACUAGACUAGCCCUUCAAUUAAACUAGAUUUGACCAACUAAGGGUACGCAAUAAAUGACGCAGCGUUGCAGCUAAAAGCGAAGGCUAAAGGCUUCAUGGUUUCAUGGCGAAGGCUUCAUGGCGAAGCCUAAAAAACCCUCAGAUUCUGGCUGCCUGCCGGCAGCCGCCCUGUCCCAACGGUCAGCCAUAUGGGCUGCCGUGCCGCCAUCACCCGCGCCCGUAAUGGCCACGCCACCGCCGCGCAUCCGGCUGAUCGGGAUGAUCCCGAAGGGCCCUUGCAAAGGGCCCGCAAUGGCGCGUAUUCUCCGCAAUGGACGUGCUAAACAGCCAAGGCCACCGACUCUGCCCGGCGGCCAUGAUCCGCCGUUCCCCCGUCUGGAUGGAGCUGCUCAAGAAAUUCCGGUUUCGGUGGGAAACUCCCGUAAACCGCCGGCGAAAAAGAAGCGUAAACGCUCGCAACCCAUGAAGGAUUCAUCUUCCGCGGCGAAACGACCCCGCACCCGCCCACCGGUCCCAAAAGCUGUCGCCAUCAUGGCCAUGACACUUCCCGCAAAGUCAACGAGCAACGCCGAAUCUCGGGCGGCCAAUGCGUCACUUUCGCCGGAGGAUUCGGAAAAACCGGUGUCCGAAGAGGAGGACGGUAAUAAUGAGUCGACACAGGAUCUCGAACGAGGAGCCGGAGUUGAAAGCGCGUCGGCCAGUAUGAAGAUGGCCACAUCACCGGAAGACACGAACCGGCAGGUGGUGCACACUGACAGGGCGCCGGAAAACGUGUGCGACCAUGGGAACGACCAUGGGAACACGCCGGUAAGCGGCUCGGGAACGCCUCCUCCCGCAGCAUCAUCCAUCGUCAACGAGUACAUCACCGCGAACGCAGAGCCCGUGGCUCCCACCAGCCCCAGGGGAGUGGAUAUAGUCGCGGCGACUCAAGGGUCAUCCCUGGCUGGAUUGGGAGUGGCAGGAGGUGCCGUCGGCAGUGGUCGGUUACCGGCAGAGCCAGUACAGCCGGCGACAGAUGCGUUUCCGUUCGGGAUUGUCAUUCACGGAUUGUAUUCGGACGAUGGAUUGGCGAAGCGCGUGCUGGCAUUCUUCAGCGCACGCGGCACUGUCGUACGUUUUCGUCCUAUUUCGCUGAGGUGCCGGGAAGAUCAACGGCGUAGUGGAAAGUACAAAACUCUGUACAACCAGCGGGUAUUUGUUGUCAUGCGGGAGCCGUUCGACUAUAAGGCGGCCGGGGAUGAGUUCAAAGCCACUAAGGGAGAAAGGGUAGAUUGGAAACGUGCCCACGAUCCCCAUUCCGACCGAGAGCGGAACAGGCCCAGCGGAGCACAGCAGCCGUUUAUACUUUCUAAGCGCCGCCAAAGGGGUAUCAAGUACCUGGCUGCGAAAUUUCAACGAAGGGCGACUGCAUACCCACCGGUUGUCGCUGAACACCGUCCGCCGCCUAUGCCGCCCGUACUCCCUCCUCCACCACCGGUGUGUAGCCCACCAGCUCCCAUGCAGCAACAAUUCAAGACGCCGAGUGCGUUUCCUUUUCGACCACCGGCACAUGGUCCACCCGUUGCCAUGCAGGAGCCGUACCAUAUGCCGCCAUAUUGUCAACCGCUUCCUCAUCCGCCUCCACCACGACCGUUCCUACCGCCACCACCACAGUACACCGCAUACGGGCCGCGUGUCAGCGAGAUUUCAGUUCAUGUGCGAUACCGAUACUACUGAUCAGGGUAGCGACGAAGUACCCCAUGGGCUGCCUGCUUGUUGAUUGUAACCGGAGGGUGCUUCGGCCGAUAGCUCGCUAAGUUUGCUUCUUUAUAUGACGCUGAUACCGUUCUCCUUGUUUUCAUCCUCUUAGCAAUGCUAGUGAUCAUUUGUUGUGCAAAAUUGUUUCCUCAGUUGAGCUUGUUACGCGUUCUUUCUUGACUAUAUAGUACAAUGUCAGAAUCCCGGAUCAAUGAACAGUACUCCACUUUGUUUUCUAAUUCGUUGUUGAUAUGCGGAGCCGAAUGGCGGGCGAGCACUAGUUGCAAACA